AUACGUAGUCGUCGGUCCGCCAUUACGACGCAGCCGAGACACGUUCGUCGUAUUUAGUUGAAUAUUUUGGUUUAUAAAUGAGUAAUAACGCUCAUGAGCUAAGUAAUCGGCUUCUGAAUGCGUUGGAUAGCAAUUACAAUGUAAGUUUCCGAAAUUUGAAGAUUUUAUAUCCGAUAAGCUAGUCGGAGAUACGGAAACGGUCUGCUCAGACCUGUGACACCCGACUCGAGUUGCAAUUUAGCUUACUCAGAGGUUGUUUUGGAGUAUAAAAGGCAAGACCGUGAGGUCGUAAUGCCUUAACGAUAUUAUUGAAUAGUUUAAACAAGUUCAAGGAGGAUUUCGUCUAUAUUGUGUGUGUCUGGAUAGCUGAAUACGUGAGCGUUACAAGUGAUGUACGGGGCCACUGACGUCGCCAGCGCUCCUCUCGUCCCUCCGUCCCUAGUGCCAAAUGUUUUGCAAUGUGAAAGUAUGGAAUUGUGCCACGCCUGAUCUUUCUUUUUAUUUUGCUUUAUCGGGUUCGUGCUAAAGGCCUUUUUUUGAAGAAAUAAAUAAUUAUCUAAUUGUUGAUGAAACGCGUGAGCUGAGUACUCGGACGCUAAACGAUCAUUCUAUCAUGUGCUAAUAUUUCAAGUAGAUACCAGUUUGACAUGAAUAGUUAUGAUAGUAUUUUAACACAAACGAAGGUCAGUUUGGUUUUCACAUCCCCUCGUCAUCAGGCACCAUGAUGGUGGCCGUAACGAAUCUUAGCAUGUGGUCGUCGACAUGCAGGCAGUUAAUGAAAUCAUAUCCAUAUUGGAGAAAUUCAAUAUCACAAAAGAGCUGCUGGAGACCACCCGACUUGGCAAACACGUGAACGAGCUGCGGCGGAAGACAAGCGACCCAACGUUAGCGCGACGAGCCAAGGUGCUGGUAAAGAGAUGGCGGGACCUCGUUAUCCCCACUGUCACAUCGCCUGGGCACGGUUUAAACCGUUCGUCAGCAGAGCGGCAGAUGCGUCGGGUAACUGGAACACCGCUCACAUCGCCUGCGCUCAUGAGGCAGGGACUGAGUCCAGCGGUGCCGAGUCCUAGACCACCGUCACGACCAGCUUGGGGCGGCUACGAGUCGGACUCACAGGACGUCAUACUGGUGGACUACGAGCCUUCGCCCCCCGCGUCCGCGCCCCGUACCCCUGACAAACCUACAACACCCAGCGUGAAACGAGCACUGUCACCCGAGACAAAUGAUGACAAGAAGGCAAAGAGGGAUAAAAAACUUAAGAAGCGAAGAGGUCAUAGCCGCGCCGGUUCAGGCACGGAGACGACAACACCAGAACCGGGGGCCUCAAGUCUUGGGCCCCAAGGGGUACUUGGUACCUCUAACCUUGGUUCAUUGGGGCCUGGGAACCAUACAUGGUCAAACAGGAAUGGUUCGAGCGAGCGGAGGAAGAAUGGCUGGAGGAGAGAAGCGGGAGAUCAGUAUGCAGCACUUGUCAAUCGUUUACCACCCGCAGGCGGGAAAAAGGUAAAGACGACGGCAGAACUGCUGGAACAGAUCCAGUCGCGCGGCAGCCGAGUUAGUCCGGCGCCACGAUCGCCCGGCUCGCCUGACGUCAUGCUCAUAGAGCCAGAUGAAUGCCUUGUGAAAGUUGACUCCCCUCUACGGAAUGGUGAUAUAGAAACUGCGCCUGCAGCAGUUUGGCCUCUUGUGCCUCUAGAAGAGGAACGAGAGUGGCCCCCAUGCACCUGUGAUCCUGAUGGGGAGCCAGAUGAUUCCUGCCCAGCUAACUUGAGGACCACAGUCCAUCCCGAACAUGUGUUUGCACUUCACCAUACAUUCAUUCACAAUGUAAAUGGAACCAAAGCCCCAUUAUUGCCACACAAAUUUGCUGUCAGGCCUGCAACACAUCCCGAUGAUUCUAAUCUAUUCUCUUCUGUUGUUCCUCUAUAUAAAUACUCUGAUUAUGCGGAUGAUUACUGUGUGAAAAACAUGUCCGAAGUUCCUCUGUGUCCACACUUGCCUGUGAACGAGUUUGCCCCUUCACCACCUUCUCCUCCCCCAAAGCCGCCCCCUCCAUCUCCUAGACCCUAUCCUAUUGAUGAACCAAAACCACCUGAAGAUAACACAAAUGAAGACUCUGAAACAAAGGACAUAGAUUUAAAGAUAAAUGUGGAUAAUAAGAUGGAUGUAGAUAUGAAUGUGGAUAUAGAUAUAAAAGCCCAUAUAGAUAUAAAAACUGAUGUAAAUAUAUCAGACAUAGAUAUUAAACCAUGUCUAACAACAUCAGAUGUAGAAGAGAGACUGAAACCACUCCCUGUUUCUGAAGAGUCAGUGCAGCUGACUGCGGAGGAACCUGUAAAAGAAGAAACUGAGCAAAAGUUUUCUGUGACUUGUCCAGAACAUAGGACAGUGGAGCGAACGAAAAGUAUGGAUGGACAGAAAUUGUAUGAUAGUUGUGUUUCAUGUAUCAAGUCAAUACCGUUUAGUUACGGACAGGCUUUAACUGCUCCAGUGUUACCUAGUGAUCUUUCAAAUGUGGACUGUUCUUUAAUCAGUACAAGUGAGACAGAGAGGGACUCUCUUGGCCGCCCACUCAGAGAAGAUCAAUUUGCAGAGUGGCAUGAAUGUGCAAUGCUGGGGGACCUCAUAGCAUUGCCAUAUGUGGUCAUCGACUGACAUGCCUCCAUUGUCUGUUGUUCCAAGUGUCCUUAUAAUGUUAAGUGAAAGUGUAAAUAUAGAGUGUGACUCGAAUAUGUGUUCGUGAGGGGACCGGUCUGAUCAGGUUAGUCUAUGAUACACAAUUUAAUCUGAAUCAUGAGCAAAAUAGUUUGAUGCUUUGCUUCAUCAUUUGUCUUAAGUAGAAGUUUUGAAAGACUUUUUUAAUACCUUUAAAUCUAAAAAUAUUUUGAACAGUAUUUAGAUAAUUCCAUGAAAAUAAGAGUCAAUAAUCAUGACUGACCUUGUAUUAAAUUUGGUUAUAUAACUUUUUUCCCAUUAUAUAAUAAAAACAACUUAAUAAUUUAUAAGUAAACCAAAACAAAUAAUUAUUAAGGACAUUGGUAUAUUUAUCUGUAUAUACAACUGUUCAGUCUUUUUUACUACACAGUAACUGUGAGUUAUCUUACAAUGCUUAUAAUUUCAUAUCUCAAAUCCAUAGAUUAGUUGGUGUAAUCAUAGACAGCACGAUCAGAUUUGAUGCAGUUGAAUUUUCCAAAGUGUAUUGCCAAUGUAAUGGCAACUUGACUCUUGUGAUAAUAAUGGGCCGGUCCCAAACAGACUGAGUGAGAAAUAAUCUCUUAGACUGUUGACAUAUUGAGUUGUUACCGAUUGUGAUUUAUAAUGAAAAUUAGGUAAUUAAUAAUAAUAGGAGUUCCAAUUGUGUAUUAUACAUAUAUUGCUAUAUCGAGUCAAAUAUCAAGUUAAGUUAUCUUGUCGACCACUAUCUGUAAGUCAAAACUGUUGAAGUGAUAAUUUAUUUUGAGUACAUUUCAAGUUUUUGAAGAAAUUCUACCUCGGAUUGUGUGCUGAUGUUCCGAUUGUGUAUUUGUUUUUGUUGUACAUUCUGCUGGAACACAGUGGACCGUCCGGGGUUCUAGGACGAUUUUAAUGGGUCUGUUCUCUCUUGUGUGCCACAUACUGUGCCAGAUUGUUGUCAAGUUUAAGUAAUGUCGUUUGGCUUACAACUUUACAUUGAUAGAUUUGUUUUUUGUGGAAUUGAAGUAAGACUAUUUGGUACAACAAUUAAAUUACUUUAUUACAAGGAAUUAAAAAUAGGUCCUAUAAAUAAAUAUUUAACAACAUAGUUCUUAUUGUUUAUCUUAUGUGUAUAUGUUAUAUAAUUAGUAUUUCAGUGUCUUAUUUUGUUCUUCCACAAUCACAGCUUAAACUGUAAAAACAUCAGUUGCUAGCCAAACGGCACAUAGGUUAUUGGCGCUUUUGGAGGGCAAUAGUAGAUCACAGAUGUAUAUAUAAUUUUGUAAUACUUUAUUCAAUUUGUUUAAUUAUUUAUUACUAUGACCAAAAUUUUUUGAUAUUUAGAUACCUCUAAAAGUGCCUUUAAAGUAACAAUGUGACUUUUGUAUGUAAUAAUUGUUUAUGGUACUUCAAAAGUAAUAUAAAUUUUGUAAAUCCAGAUUAUAAGACUAAUUCUACAUUAAAUUUCCUUUCUAUGCUGGAACUGGAAAGUUGAACAAGAAUUUUAAUGAUAACAAUUAACAAUUGACAGCAAAAAUUAAAUUAAUUGUAAAUAUGAGUUAAUGAUAACUCUGUUGCUAUAGUCUAAGAGCUGCAAUAUUUUAUCAUGUUGAAGUUUUAAUUUUUUAUAAACUUAUCAUCAAUUAUAUAUAAAUUAUCGUAUAUAUAUAGUAGGUAUUUCUUUAUUUUAAUCUCCACUUUGCGUUUUCUUGUUAAUAUUUUCUAAUUUCAAGCUUUUUAUAAUGUUUUCCAUCUGAGUUGGUUUGAUUACUGCUAAAAUGUUUUCCUUACCACUCUGUUGUUCUGUUAUUCAAUACUAUUGGUAAAUUAAUUGUAAUAGUUACUGUUCAUUAUGUUUAUUAUUUUUGUUUUGUUAGCUCUACUAAUUAUUUAAGGUCGUCAAUUCAGAAGUUUUUUACAUUGUUUAUAGAAAUAAUUUUCGAGUUUCUGUAGUAAUUUUAUAGAAAUUUCAGUCAAACUGGGUCUUCCUAUCAUUGUUCAUUAAUAUGUGACUGGGGUCAUAUCAACUUAGAAACACUGUGCAACGUAGUUCAUUCCAAAUACUGCUUAGAAACGCACACACACAUCCACAUGGUAUGGAUGAUAUCUUAGGUUGUGUCGCAUGGUGUAUGGUGGUGGUAAUCAGUGGCAGGCAUCACGUCAGACACCUCUUUGGAAUACUCCUCAUGAUAAAUUUGGUAGAGGGAAAACAUUAAAGCCACAGUCUGUCGUUUACUGAGUACAUGAUGCUUGACACACCAUCAAACGGUUCAUGCUGAUACUGAUACCCCAUGUGUGGUCGUUCUUGCUAUCUGUAGAGCACAAUGUAGGCCUACUAGAAGUAUUUGUUGCGUUGAUUUAUUGACUCCCAGGUUUUCCGAAGCCAAUUUGGCUUUUCCUUCCAGAUGACCACGGAAAUUGGCAGUCAAUGAAACCACAAAUGAGCUUUUCGUGGUUAAAAUGCAGACUUUACUCAUCUGAGUGUUUAUUUGGUAAACUUGACACUAAUAACUGAUAGAAGAAACAUGUUUCUUCCUGCACUUGUAGUGAUAUUCCUUGAGUAAUGCAUUAUAUUCAUAACAAUACAUGCUGGAGGUGUCCAACAUAUUAACAUGCAUAAGAAACAGUGUUGGAGAUGGCACACCAUUGUACAAUUUCAAAGGUCUGAGAAACAACCAUCAAGUACCUGCUGUGAUCUACUCUAGGGAAUACUCUAUGAUGAAAGUCUAAAGAGUUUAGUGCCAUAAUUAAACAAAAGCUAUCCAGACUAGAGAACCAAACCAUGCUUUCGAAACCUGCCACCCGUCUGCUUUAUUCAAUGUCGUACCAAAGAAACUUACCAAUUCCUUAAAGUAUGUAAUUCCACUUGAAAUGUGUCUGUACAUUUAAAAGUUUCAUAAAUGCUAUGAACUUUGUCCUUAUGUACUGGACUAAUUCCAAAAUAAGAAUUAUUACGAACCAAUUUUCAAAAUUGUAAAUUACAUCAGAUAAAAAUAAUUGAAUAUCUAUGUAUUGUACUAUACAGAGGUCUCUUAUACAAUCUUAUUCGUUCAUUCAUCUUGCACUUGGUGCAAUCUCUUAUUAAAUUUUUAUUUGUCUUAUUUAUAGUUAGUAACACAUUGUGUUGCCAAAUGUUUGCUCAAAAUUUGUUAUAUAGAUUAAAAUAUAUAGUAUAUUGUUGUUUGGUCUGAAAAUUGAUGGAGUCUGUUGCAUUUGCACAAAGAAAUAUCACUUUGUAAAUAUUGUACGCAGUGUCUCUCUCAAUGCCACCUAAUUAUCUGAUUUAUAUUAGUUUAUAAUGAUUUGAAAGGAAAUUUCACCUUUUGGUUUAGCAGUUUCCUAUAUGAAUGGAUUUAUAUCCGA